AUGCUCCUUGGCCGUCUGGGAAAGCACAGGGUUGCGGGCUUGAGAGGAGCAGAAGGUAGAUGUUGGGCUUCGUUUAGCUCUGGCACAGGCAUUGCUGAGAUCGGCGAGAUCACAAACAUUCUGUGUAAUGGCGGCUUGAGUGUGGAAGACAAGCGGGCUGCACUAGGUAGCCUCAACUUGAGCCUUUCCAAGGGACUCGUUGCUCACAUUGUCAAGAAGAUCAAGGACGACGCCGGCGCCGCCUUCCUGUUUCUCAGAUGGGCUGCAACUGCACAGGCAGAGGUGAGCUACAGCAGCUACGCCCGGGUGAUUGUGGGCCUGGCCAAGGCUUGGCAGUUCGAGCAAAUGUGGGAUCUUAUGGAGGAGAUGGACAAGCGUGCUCAUCUUCACAUACCCGCAGGCAUCUUCUCCACCGUGAUCAAGUGCUAUGGCCGAGCCGGCGAUGUGAAAGGUGCAGUGGCCACCUUGAAGAGGAUGAGCGAUGACUUCUCGUGCACCCCAGUGGCGAGGACUUACGAGGCUCUCAUCCGAGUUGUCAUGGACGCAGGUCAAUGCGACACCGCGCUGUCCGUUUACCGAGCUAUGGUUGACACGACGCGACUGUUUCCCACACAUCGCAUUUGCAAGGCCAUUCUUGGUGGAUUGGGCCUUGCUGGUGAGGUUGAAUCGGCCACCACGUUCCUGGCCAGCCUCGACUGCAUGGGCCUCAUGCAUGACGACAACACGAGCGCGAGGCUCCACAACGCGCUCAUCCGAGGCUUUGUCGAGGCAGGGGAGGUGGAGGCCGCUCUUGGGACUUUCCUGACCAUACGCGCCCAGGCCGACCGCGUCACCUACAACCUUGUGGCUCUGGGCUGCUGCAGAUCAGGGAGGCUGGAUACGUGUGUGGAGAUCUACCAGGAGAUGAGGAGCAGAGGCUUCCGUGUCAGCCACCUCGCCUUCAACUCUCUGGUGUGCGGCCUGUGCAAAGCCGGGAGAACGGACGAGGCAUGGGACGUACUGGGCAAGAGCAGGCCUUCAGCUUGCGCGGAUGCUGUCACCUUGUCCACUGUUAUCCACGCGUUGUGCUCAAGCGAUUGCGACCGGGCGCUGGAGCUGAUGCGGGCCAUGCAAGCGCAGCGGGUUCCCCCGAACGUGGUCACCUACACCAGUGUCAUUGACGGGCUUUGCAAGGCGGGCAGGCGUGAUGCCGCCAUGGUGCUGCUCCAGCAAAUGCAGGCAGCCGGCUGCAGCCCCAACACCGUCACAUACAACUGCCUCAUCCAUAGCCUGUGCAAGGCCGGCAAGCUGGAAGACGCGUUCGCGCUCUUGAGAGGCAUGCCCAGCAAAGGGUGCACACCCUCCAUCAACAACAAGAAUACGCUCGUGAGUGGGAUAUGCAAGCAUGCAAUCAUGGAGCGGCAGCGCCGGGAGUUUGGAAAGCUUGGCCAGGCGCUCUUCUCCGAGGCCAUGCAAGAGUCAUACUCGGUGGAGGAGGACACUCUGGCUCUGUUCUACACCUGCCUGGAGCACAUGUUUGGGAGCAACGGGGAUCGUCCAGACAAGCGCACCUACAGCAUUGUCAUCCACUUUCUGUGCAAGGCGGACAAAGUGCUGGAAGCCGCCCGGGUGUGGAGGGCGAUGGUGAAGAGGCUUGGUCAGGUGGAUGCGGUCACGUACAACAGCUUCCUCUAUGGCCUGCUCAAGCUCAACGACCUGAGUGAAGCUGCAAGGCUGUUUAGCGAGAUCGACAAGCCCACCCUUGUGAGCUACUCUCUCCUCGUACACGCCUACUUCAAGGCCGGAGACCUGAGCAAGGUCGAAGAAGUGUACCAAGCAGCAACAGGCCAGGGGCUGAGGCCGGAUCUCGCCCUCUACAACAUCGUGCUCCACGGCUUGUCCGGGGCCAAGCAGGAAGCUGGGGUGGCGCACUUGUGGGCCGAGAUGUUAAACAACGGCGUCUCCCCUUCAGUGGCCACUUACACCAUCCUCAUUCACGCCCUCUGCCGUGACAAUCGCCUGCAAGCAGCCCGGCAGAUUAUUGACAAGAUGAAGGGCCAAGGCGUCCUGCCCGACGCCAUUACGUACAACACGCUCCUUCACUGCUUGUGCAAGAACGAGCUCCUGGAUGAAGCACGCUUGCUUCUCCGCGAGAUGAAGCAGCAUUGCAGCUACACACCCGCAACCUGGAAUAUUGUCAUUGACGGAAUACUGGAGCAACGGGACCCGGGAGUUGCCCAACGCAUUUUCUCACAACUCAUCAGAGACGGCUUCUUCCCAGCGCAUUUGACUUAUGACGCGUUCGUUGCCCGCGUGUUGCGUGGACAAGAUGAAGUCCCUCCAGUAGCAACGAAGGGCCCAGAGGUGAAAAGGUCGGAUGUCAUCCUGUCCUUCGGGUAUAGCCGCAUAGUGGGGUUCUUCCUGGAAUGA